AUGAAUUCGACUCUCCCAUCUCACACACAAACUCAACUAGAGUUCGAUCCAGCGUCAAAGCCGCCUCCGCAGCCGUCGCCAGAUGGUACGAGGCGAAGAUUUGUCGUUCAUUCAGACAAAGAUGACUACGACUACGUAGCUCAAAGACAGACAGCCAAACCAACCAAUACUUUAGAGUCAACAGCACAUUUAGUAAAAGGUUGCCUCGGCGGAGGCAUACUGGGCAUACAUGAGGCGUACAUGAAGACCGGCAUUUGGACAGCACUGUUUACUACUUUCUUAUUUGCAUUUUACAUCGCGUAUUGUAUACACAUGCUAGUAGCAGCAGCUCAAACAUUAUAUAAGAGAUUACAUGUAACGGAAAUGUCAUAUCCAGACCUUGCGGAGGCGUCUGUUGAAACUGGACCCUUUACUUGUCUUAAAAAGUACAGCAAAUUUUUCAGAUACGUAGUCGACGCAACAAUAUGCAUCGAUCUUUUUGGUGCCUGCUGCGUGUAUGAGAUAAUUAUAGCUAAAACUAUCAAAGAACUCAUAGAAAACUCUACGGGUAUGGUUGAUAAUGAUCUAAAUAUGUUACGGCUAUACAUUUUCGCGCUACUUGUGCCAGUGCUGCUUCUCUGUAUGAUCACUACUCUCAAGUAUUUAGCACCGUUUUCUCUGGUGGCAGAUGUCUUUAUUGUGGCAUGUGUCGUAGCAACCGUAUACUACGGCUUACAAAAAGCCCCCGACAUAUCCACAGUACCAGCCUGGAAAAGUGGAAUUGGCUUCUUCGAAUUUUGUGGCAUCGUCGUUUUUGGCAUGGAGGGCGUUGGAGUGUCUUUGCCAAUCGAGAACAAUAUGAAAGAUCCAACAAAGUUCCCAUUAGUAUUGGGCGCUGGUAUGUCCGUAGUGGUUACAUUUCUAUCACUGGUGGGAUUCUUCGGAUAUUGGGGCUUCGGUGAAGAAACAAUAUCUCCAGUAACAUUAAACUUUCCUAAGGAGGUUUUUCCAACUGUUCUGCAAUGUCUUAUGGGAAUCAUGAUCUUUAUAACGUUCGCUUUAAACUUCUGGGCGCCCUUCAAUCUGGUCUGGUUCUACAUAUCUAAGAAACACAACACAGACACGCAUUGGAUAUGGGAAAGAGUUUACAGAGCAGCAUUUGUUGUACUAAUAACGAUCAUUGCUAUUGCCUUCCCUAAUAUUGGCAAUUUAAUGGGUUUGCUAGGUGCCUUCAGUCUAUCAAACAUCGGUUUCAUAUUCCCUGCUCUAAUUAAUACUCUCGUGAUUUGGGAAAAUCCAGGACUAGGAAAAUGGAAGUGGCGUCUAUGGAAAAAUAUGUUUGUUUUAGCACUAGGAGUAUUACUGUUUAUAGCUGGUACUUAUUCCAAUCUUAAGGGAUUGAUUCAGAAUUUGUAAAUAUAUUUGUGUUGUUUUUUUAACUCUCGCUAAAAUAUGUAGGUAAGCUAGAUUUCUUAAAAGUCUCUUUGGAUCUGUGUGUAGGAAAACAUUUGUAAGUUUUUAUUUGCUAUUAUAUAUAAUAAUAAUAAUAAUAUAAUGCUAAUACUAACUUAUUACCAUCAUAAUGAAAAAUUAAUCCCAUUUUUGUAGUUUGCGAAACGUGGAAAAAUUAUUUUUUCCUUUUUUAUAAACUGAAUCAACAAUAUUUAAAAAAAACACAAUCCCAAAUCAUGAACUUUAAGAGGGUGAAGAUAUAAACAUUUAGAUUAAGUUUUAAAUAAAAUAGCCAAAAUACAAA